UUAAAUUAGUCUUUCGUUUUCAUUGCCCCAUUUAUCUCAAAAAACAGUCCUAUGUGUUCUUUGAUUCUCUUCUUGUUCCCCACAUCAUAAAACAAAACAAAAUACCAUCAUUAUCUUUAGCUUUCUUAGUUUAUCUUGUAUAUUAAUAUUUCCAAUGUUAUUCUUUAAAAACAUGGUGCACUUGUCAUUGUCUUUCCUUGCUUCUGUCUUUGUGGUAUUUUAAAAAUCUAAUUUAGUCAAUCAGUUCCUUAUAUACUCAAAUAACUUUGGUAGAUCAUUUCCCAUUUUAAACUUCACCAACAAACAUUUAUUAGGCACUCAUUCUGAGCCAGGCAUUUAUCAGUAUUUCUUCUGCUUGUACAAUAUUCAAAAUUUCAUUCUUGAGAGUUCCUAUUGUCUUGAAUUCAUACCCUUUUAGAACUUAAAUUUUAUUGAUUUUUUUGUCAACUCUUUGAAAUUUACUUUUAAAAAAUGUAAUUAAAGUUAGACUUUUCUUUCUUUACUUUCCUUCUUGUUACAAAUUCUAAAAAGGAGUGGGUACUUCUCCCCAAGGUCCCUAUCAUUCCUACCCUAACACCCAUGCAUGAAAGAAGAGAACAUAUUGUUGAGUUUAGAGAACAAGUAAGUCAUUCAGCUAGGAUAUAGAUUGAGUAAAAGGGGGUAAUACAGCACAAGGCUAUUUAAAGAGAAGGAUAUGAGCCUAGAAUAAAUGAGGCUUUUGGAAGGCACCCACACCGAGAAUAUGGAUUGUCUAGAGAUAUUAUCCCUUGUUCUCAUUUUUUAAUAGACCCCACCUACUUUUUAAACCUCUAUCUCUUUGAUGAUAUAAUUUAUGCUGAUUUUGAUGCAUAAUUAUUUAUUGUUAAUGAGUUCCAAGAUAUUCACACCCUCUAUCUACUUGUUAUUUAAGAAGUUUUAGUUUGUUUACUUUCUAGCCAGAGAGUAACAAUUGAAGAAUUUGGGGGGUGGGGUGGGGAGGAAGCAAUCAGGGUUAAGUGACUUGUCUAGAGUUACACAGCUAGUGAUUGUCUGAAGCUGAAAUGUAUGUUACUUGCUGGAGGGCUGGUGCUCUAUCACUUAGCUGCUCCCAAGAACAUUUAUUUUUUAAAAUUGUUUUUUGUUUCUCAAAGAAACUUGAAUUCAUUAAAAGAAUUACCUAAGGUGAUGAAAGAUAGGAAUGAUGGAUUUUGAAGAGGAUGUAGAAAGACAGGAAUACUAUUAAACUAUUGGUAGAUCUGUGCAUUGGUCCAAAUGUCCUGGAAAAUAAUUUGUAGUAAUUUGAAGAUAGUGACCAAGAUAUCCAUACCCUUAUACCCCCAAAUCCCACUGCUAGGCACCUUUCCCGGCAACCAUCUGGGGGACUUCGGUUUUCUUCCCAUUUCUAGGGUAUCAAUGAGAUAUAUGGAUAGUUUAUUGAUUAAAAGUCGCUCCUCUACAUGAGCAACACAGAUAUAGAUUUUUUUUCUGGUCAUGUUUUUAUAUUUUUUAAAAUAACAUUUCUUCUUAAUUCAUUUAAUUUGUUGAAGGCUGCUCAUGGCCACUUUGAACUUCCAUUCUCAGAGAUUACUUACACAAUAGUACGUCAUGUCAAAACCAAACAACAACAUGGGGAAAAAAAGUUAAAUACAUGGACCUUUGCUCUAGGGAGAAGUGUGAUCAAUAAAAGAAUUGUAAAGUUUCCUAAUUGUAAUCCACUCCGUUCUGUUUCUCCUAUUCAGUUCUGAGUAGUUUACUAUCCAUUUGCAGUAUCUGGUCAAGACCUACAUAAUGAUGUUCUGUGGCCUCCAGUGUUGAAUGUCAGUAUCUCCAUAGAACUGAGAUGAAGGAUUACCCAAACGAAGGAUUUGCAUUGUCUUCAUUACGAAUGGGCAUACUUUUAUUAACAAAUUCCCACAUCUAAUCCUCUCUGCAGAAUUGAGCUUAAGGAUCACUCAAUGAGAACAGGUUCGGUCUGCACUGUCAGUGGGUGUAUUUCCAGCAAGAUAUUAGUGCGUCCAUUUUUAUUCACUAAUGCUCACAUCCGCAGGAGUAACAGCUCUCACCUUUGACAUCUCGAGAGAGAAAUGAGGCAAGCGAGAACAGAGGUAAAUCGAUGAAAAGUUUUGAGAGAUGCCAGAAAGGGCAGGGAUGAGAAGGCACUAAGUGCUGCGCCACGGCUUUGACUGCUGCCAAGGAACUUUUGAUUUUAGUGAGUUGCCAUGGGAAUGAAGUAGGGUAUUAAAGCAACUGGGUGGUAGCGAAGGAGGUGGAUAUUCCAACCUGGAUUUGAAUUUGAGGCUCGGUCGGCAUAUAUAACAAAUUAAGGGCGUCUGGCACGCGAUGACUCAGAGACGAAGCAGCAGUGCUACGGCAAUGGUGAGAGAAAAAAAAUCCCAAACUUAUAAUUAUUAGCUCAAGGAAGAUGGGUGCCAGAACAACCAUCUACACACAAAAAAGGAAAUAGAACCUGAGAGCGGAAGCAAAACCUUUACCCUCUGGGGAUUACACAUUCCUCCGCGCCGGAAGAACGCGGCGGUUUUCUUUUUUGUCUCCUCCCUUCGCCCAAUUCCUCUUUCUCUUUGUAGCUCCAUCCGAAAGGGGUGGGAAGAGGGGGAAGGCUGCUUGAGUGCCCCGUGGGUGGGGUGGAGUGGGGGUGGUGAAGCCCUCGCUCAAGCGGAGUUAAUGAAUAAUCUGGAGAUAAGGGACCUUUAAGAGUGCGGCGGAAGGAUCCUGCGGUCUGACUAUUUGGCGGAGGGAUCUGACUCUGCUUCGACUUCCGGGGGCGUCUGUGGGACCUCGAGAGGAAAAAGGCCCUAAAGAAACAAUAACAAACAGGAGGAGGAGGAACUUCCCCGGCUCUCUCUGGCCGCUGUGGCCCUUGCUGGACUAUGAGCUCUGUUUCCUGCAGGGGGACGUGAAAGGACCCGACUGGGCUCCUGCUGCCCUCUCUUCUCUGACUUUUCCCCCCGGACACUAUCCAGGGAGUGGGGUCCCCUCCGUGUGGACAUGGCGGGUGCGGGGCCUGGGGGCUACGCGGCCGAGUUCGUGCCGCCCCCGGAGUGCCCUGUUUUCGAGCCCAGUUGGGAGGAGUUCACCGACCCGCUCAGCUUCAUCGGCCGGAUCCGACCCCUGGCCGAGAAAACCGGCAUUUGCAAGAUCCGACCUCCCAAGGAUUGGCAGCCCCCAUUUGCAUGUGAAGUAAAAAGCUUUCGUUUUACUCCUCGAGUCCAACGUUUAAAUGAACUUGAGGCAAUGACCAGAGUGAGGCUGGACUUCUUAGAUCAACUAGCAAAAUUCUGGGAACUUCAGGGAUCUACUCUGAAAAUACCUGUAGUGGAGAGAAAAAUCCUUGAUCUGUAUGCUUUAAGCAAGAUUGUUGCUAGUAAAGGAGGCUUUGAAAUGGUCACAAAAGAGAAGAAAUGGUCUAAAGUGGGCAGUCGAUUAGGCUAUUUGCCAGGGAAAGGAACUGGGUCUCUCUUGAAGUCUCAUUACGAAAGGAUCCUUUACCCUUAUGAGCUUUUUCAGUCUGGAGUCAGCCUUAUGGGUGUACAAAUGCCCAACUUGGAUAUUAAGGAAAAAGUGGAGGUUGAGGUCCUCAGCACUGAUGCCCAGGCUUCCCCAGAGCAGGGCACAAGAAUGAAUAUUCUACCGAAGAGAACCAGACGCAUAAAAUCUCAGGCAGAGACUGGAGAAGUAAGUAGAAACACCGAAUUGAAGAAACUUCAGAUCUUUGGAGCUGGGCCUAAGAUGAUGGGCCUGGCAAUAGGAGCAAAGGAUAAAGAAGAUGAAGUCUCUCGAAGACGUAAAAGUACGAGGUCAGAAGCAUUUAGUAUGCAAAUGAGACAACGAAAAGGGACUCUUUCAGUUAACUUUGUGGAUCUCUAUGUUUGCAUGUUUUGUGGUCGAGGAAACAAUGAAGACAAGCUGCUCUUGUGUGAUGGAUGUGAUGAUAGCUACCAUACAUUUUGCUUGAUUCCUCCUCUACCUGAUGUUCCCAAAGGAGACUGGAGGUGUCCUAAGUGUGUUGCUGAGGAAUGUAACAAACCUCGAGAGGCCUUUGGGUUUGAGCAAGCAGUUCGAGAGUACACCCUCCAGAGCUUUGGAGAGAUGGCAGAUAAUUUUAAAUCAGAUUACUUCAAUAUGCCAGUUCAUAUGGUACCAACAGAACUGGUAGAGAAGGAAUUCUGGAGACUGGUGAGCACCAUUGAAGAAGAUGUCAUUGUGGAGUAUGGAGCUGAUAUCUCUUCAAAGGAUUUUGGAAGUGGGUUUCCUGUAAAGGAUGGUCGGAGAAAGAUGAUGCCAGAAGAGGAGGAGUAUGCCCUUUCUGGCUGGAACCUGAAUAACAUGCCUGUGCUGGAACAGUCUGUCCUUGCACACAUCAAUGUGGAUAUCUCUGGUAUGAAGGUGCCCUGGCUCUAUGUGGGCAUGUGCUUCUCUUCAUUUUGCUGGCAUAUUGAGGAUCACUGGAGUUACUCCAUCAAUUAUCUGCACUGGGGGGAGCCAAAGACAUGGUAUGGUGUCCCAUCUCAUGCUGCAGAACAACUGGAAGAAGUUAUGAGAGAGCUGGCCCCUGAAUUGUUUGAGUCCCAACCUGAUCUCCUACAUCAGUUAGUCACUAUUAUGAACCCCAAUGUACUAAUGGAGCAUGGUGUACCUGUAUUCAGGACCAAUCAGUGUGCAGGAGAGUUUGUGGUGACAUUUCCUCGUGCCUAUCACUCUGGAUUUAACCAGGGCUACAAUUUUGCUGAAGCUGUGAACUUCUGCACUGCUGACUGGCUGCCUAUUGGACGUCAGUGUGUGAAUCAUUAUCGACGACUAAGGCGUCACUGUGUGUUCUCACAUGAGGAACUUAUCUUCAAGAUGGCUGCAGAUCCAGAAUGCCUUGAUGUAGGGCUUGCUGCUAUGGUCUGCAAAGAAAUGACCCUUAUGACUGAAGAGGAGACACGACUGAGGGAGUCUGUUGUACAAAUGGGUGUACUCUUAUCUGAAGAAGAGGUGUUUGAACUUGUUCCUGAUGAUGAACGACAAUGUUCAGCUUGCAGAACUACAUGCUUUCUCUCUGCUCUUACUUGUUCCUGUAACCCUGAUCGGCUUGUUUGUCUCUAUCAUCCUGCUGACUUGUGCCCUUGUCCCAUGCAGAAGAAGUGUCUUAGGUACCGGUAUCCAUUGGAAGACCUUCCUUCUCUUUUGUAUGGUGUUAAAGUCAGAGCACAGUCCUAUGACACUUGGGUCAGUCGAGUUACAGAGGCAUUGUCUGCCAGCCUCAACCACAAGAAAGAUGUGAUCGAAUUGAGAGUGAUGUUGGAAGAUGCUGAAGAUAGGAAGUAUCCAGAGAAUGAUCUUUUUAGAAAACUCAGGGAUGCUGUGAAAGAAGCAGAGACAUGUGCUUCAGUGGCUCAGUUACUUUUGAGCAAAAAACAAAAACACAGCAGACAGAGCCUAGAGAGUGGGAAGACUCGGACCAAAUUGACUAUGGAAGAAUUAAAGGCCUUUGUCCAGCAACUUUUUAGCCUUCCAUGUGUCAUCAGCCAGGCUCGACAAGUCAAGAAUCUUCUGGAUGAUGUGGAAGAAUUUCAUGAACGUGCUCAAGAGGCUAUGAUGGAUGAAACCCCAGAUUCUUCCAAACUUCAGAUGUUAAUAGACAUGGGUUCUUGUCUCUAUGUAGAAUUACCUGAGUUGCCCCGGCUGAAGCAGGAGCUGCAACAGGCUCGAUGGCUGGAUGAAGUGAGACUGACACUUUCAGAUCCACAGCGUGUCACUUUGGAUGUCAUGAAGAAGCUAAUAGACUCUGGGGUUGGGUUGGCACCUCAUCAUGCUGUGGAGAAAGCUAUGGCUGAGCUUCAGGAGCUCCUUACAGUUUCUGAGAGAUGGGAAGAGAAGGCCAAGGUUUGCUUACAGGCUAGACCUCGUCACAGCAUGUCAAGCUUAGAAAGUAUUGUGAAUGAAGCCAAGAAUAUCCCAGCCUUCCUACCCAAUGUUUUAGCCCUAAGGGAAGCCUUGCAAAGAGCUAGAGAGUGGACAGCUAAAGUAGAAGCUAUUCAGAAUGGCAGCAAUUAUGCUUACCUAGAGCAACUGGAAAGUUUGUCUGCCAAGGGACGGCCUAUCCCAGUUCGACUAGAUGCCCUGCCACAAGUGGAGUCACAAGUAGCAGCUGCACGAGCAUGGAGGGAACGUACUGGGAGAACUUUUCUAAAAAAGAAUUCUAGCCACACUCUGUUACAGGUACUAAGUCCUCGAACUGAUAUUGGUGUUUAUGGAAGCAGCAAGAACCGAAGGAAAAAAGUAAAAGAACUAAUGGAGAAGGAGAAGGAGAAAGAUAUUGACCUUGAUCCUCUGAGUGAUCUGGAAGAGGGAUUAGAGGAAACUAGAGAUACAGCGGUGGUGGUGGCAGUAUUCAAAGAUCGGGAGCAGAAGGAAAUUGAAGCCAUGCAUUCUCUCAGGGCGGCUAACUUAGCUAAGAUCACUAUGGUGGAUCGGAUUGAAGAUGUAAAGUUCUGUAUCUGCCGCAAGACAGCAAGUGGGUUUAUGCUUCAGUGUGAGCUCUGCAAAGACUGGUUCCAUAGCAGUUGUGUGCCCCUUCCCAAAACAAGUUCCCAGAAAAAAGGAUCCAGCUGGCAGGCCAAAGAAGUAAAAUUUUUGUGCCCUCUCUGUAUGCGCUCCCGAAGGCCCCGAUUAGAGACCAUCCUGUCUCUCCUAGUGUCCCUGCAGAAAUUACCUGUGCGACUGCCUGAAGGAGAGGCUCUCCAGUGCCUGACAGAACGUGCCAUGAGUUGGCAAGAUAGAGCAAGGCAGGCACUGGCCACAGAUGAACUGUCAUCUGCUCUAGCCAAACUUUCUGUGUUAAGCCAGCGUAUGGUGGAGCAGGCAGCCCGAGAGAAAACUGAAAAGAUCAUCAGUGCUGAACUCCAGAAAGCAGCGGCCAACCCUGACUUACAGGGACAUUUGCCUGGCUUCCAGCAGUCUGCUUUUAAUAGGGUUGUAAGUAGUGUGUCAUCUUCCCCUCGGCAAACCAUGGACUAUGAUGAUGAAGAGACAGAUUCUGAUGAAGAUAUUCGGGAGACAUAUGGAUAUGACAUGAAGGAUACUGCCAGUGUAAAGUCUUCUAGUAGCUUGGAACCCAAUCUCUUUUGCGAUGAAGAGAUCCCUAUUAAAUCUGAGGAGGUGGUGACCCAUAUGUGGACAGCACCAUCAUUCUGUGCUGAACAUGCAUAUUCGUCUGCUUCAAAGAGUUGUUCUCAAGGUUCCAGUACCCCAAGGAAACAACCCAGAAAGAGUCCUUUAGUGCCCCGAAGUUUGGAGUCUCCAGUCUUGGAGUUAUCAGCUGGUGCUAAAGCCCAAUUAGAAGAACUUAUGAUGGUUGGUGAUCUCCUUGAGGUAUCUCUGGAUGAGACACAACACAUCUGGCGAAUCUUACAAGCCACACAUCCACCCUCAGAGGAUAGAUUCCUUCAUGUCAUGGAGGAUGACAGUAUGGAAGAGAAACCUUUGAGAAUAAAAGGAAAGGAUUCUUCUGAGAAGAAGAGAAAGCGAAAACUGGAAAAAGUUGAACAGCUCUUUGGAGAAGGGAAACAGAGGUCCAAGGAACUGAAGAAACUGGACAAACCAAAAAAGAAGAAGUUGAAGAUGAGUGUAGAUAAGUCAAAGGAGCUGAAUAAAUUGGCCAAGAAGCUGGCAAAGGAAGAGGAAAGGAAGAAAAAGAGGGAGAAAGCUGCUGCAGCCAAGGUUGAACUUGUAAAGGAAAAUACUGAGAAGAAAAGAGAGAAGAAGGUGCUAGAUAUCCCCUCAAAGUAUGAUUGGUCAGGAGCUGAGGAGUCAGAUGACGAAAAUGCAGUUUGUGCAGCACAGAAUUGCCAGAGGCCUUGUAAGGACAAGGUAGACUGGGUACAGUGUGAUGGUGGCUGCGAUGAGUGGUUUCAUCAAGUCUGUGUGGGUGUUUCUCCAGAAAUGGCAGAAAAUGAAGAUUACAUCUGUAUAAACUGUGCAAAGAAGCAGGGGCCAAGUAGCCCAGGACAGGCCCAGCCUCCUUCUUUCAUAAUGAGCUACAAGCUACCAGUGGAGGAACUGAAGGAGGCCAGCUAGCAGAAGCUUGGUUAGUUUAGAACAUGAGGGAAAUGGACCACACUGAGACCCUUGUCAUCAAGGGAGGGUGGUUUGGAUCUGCUCUGAGUUGUUGCUUCCAAAGACGAAUGGCCUGCCGCAGAGAAAGCCCUCCUCGCUUUUUCUGUGCAGUGGGACUGUGUGAGCCACAUACUGCACCAGCCCAUCUAUGCAGAGAUGUCUCCUUUGACCUGCCAGCCGUUCUCUUAACUGGAGUGUUUGCUCGUGAGUGGGGUGUCCUGCAUUGUGUUCAGAGACUUGACUGAGCAGUAGGGUGGCUGAUCCAGCUGGGGUGUGGAGCUGGCUCGGGGCCUGUAGGCAUUAGCUAGAGAGUUACAGCCUAAUGGCAGCACUGUUUGUAGGCAUGUGUGGAACCAGAGUGCCUUGGGUCUGCCUGAAUGGGACAGCAAGAUAGCCAUCAGAAUACCGUAGUCCCUUUCCACUAUUUGUAAGCAUUCUAUAUUCUACAGUUAUUGAAGGGAGGGCAGAUCUGCAGGUUCUAUUAGGAGUCAUGGAAAAGCAGCAUUACCUAUACCAGUUCCUAGUGCUUGUGGGUACCAAAAAAGAAAACCUGGAGCUUCCCUUCAGCUGGGACAGACCACCGAAUGUGGAGAAUACCAUCUCAAUUCAGAUGUUAGGCUGGAUCUUGGAAAGAAGAGCAUUUUUUAUUUCCUCCAAGAGCAACAGCUUCUCUUAUAGAGACUGGCUUUGAGAAUUCCCAGUCUCCUGGGCCUACAUAUUGGAGAGGAACAACUACAUGGACCCAGGAUUCUACACAAAGAAAAGGAAUAAAGGCCAGAAGGGUUGUCUUGCAGAGCCACAAUGGUGCAUGCUUUGGGGAUAACAUUCUUUUACAAGUAUUCCUAUCAUCACCAGGCUUUAGGCAUGAUCAUAAGCAAGACCACCAUAUGUAACUGCUCACCUUGUAGUCCUGACCCAUAAACUACCGUUCUAAACACUGGCUAUUUCAGAUUCUGGCCCAGAAGCAGCAACAGAUGAUGCUGAGUCAUACCCUGACUUCGACAGAAGAUGUAGGAUUAUGAUACCUCUAGAUGAUGAGGUCAUUUUAGUCGAUCCAUUUUUAAAGAAAAGAACUUGUUUUUACUUUUUUCUAAAUGUCUGACUACUGACUGUUCUAUAAAUAGAUUAUUUUUCCUUUUUUUAAUAUACAUAUAUAAAUAUAUAUUUACCACUAUUACCAGCAGCAUACAUACAGUUUUCCACCAUCAAAAACCCAUUUGGGGGCUGUUUUUUGUUUUUGUUUUUUGCUUUUUAAAAGGACCUUCAUUCCUUCCUUGUAGUACAAGGAGUAAGCAGUCACUCUUUCCCAAACUAGGUUAAUUAGACUUCCAUCAUCUUGCCUGUGUUCAAAUAGGUAAUUACAUUUUCUUCAUGUAUUGGGAUUUGUCCCUGUCUUUGGGGAAGUGCUGGUCUCACUUUAGUUGAUGCUGUUUUGUAUGUGGAUGUCUGAAGCUGGCCAGGGUGCUGUAUUCUCUCCCCUUCCACUAUGUUUUCAUUUCUUGUACAGAUGAUAGGUGAGUUAUAGAGCAGAGUCUACGUAGAAGAUGAGCUGAAAUUUAACAAACAAAACAAAAAAAAAAAUCUUCCUAAAAAUAGUGUUUUGUCUUUGACUGUUCUGCGUCUCUUCUCCAUGUCCUAAAAGUAACGAUUUAUGACAUUUCGGCAGCUGAACUAAAAGGUAUCCUGAAAAAAGCUUAUAUUAAUUCCUCCAUUCUUUUUUUGCCUCAUUCUGUUUUAAUGGCUAGUGGCUACUACUGUCCCGUUAUCAUUUGAGUCAAUACAAGAUUAUAUAAAACAAAUUUUACAAAAUCUGGUUUCCUUGAGGACAUUUCCUCAUUGCAUGCCACCUAUUUUAGUUAUUUUCCCCUCAAUGCUACUGUUUUUUUUUUUUUUAAUCUUGUGAAUUAAUAGUAGUUCAUAUUUUCAGGUUUUAUCAAUCCCAAAUAAGGAAAAUAUAACUGUUUCAAGAUUUAGUAGGUGAAUAUUUUAUUUUUUGAAAUACUUUAUUCUUAAUUUAAGAAUUAUCAAAAUAUGUGGAUAUUUUGCAGUUAGUUCAUGCCUGAACUAUAUGUUUUGUUCCCCUCUACUGUCAGUAUGGGCUAUAGGCUGUUAAUCUAUUAUUACAAAGAUAGAGAGAAAUAAAUAAAAUAAUUGAUGAUUAAUUAAAGAUAAAGACAGGAAUAGAAAAUAAUCCUGAGAAUUUAAAAUAUGAGAGAAAUUCUAUCAGUCUCCUUAUUGUGGCUUUCUAUAUAAAAAAAAUCAAAAGAACUCCCAUAAUUAUUGAUGUCUCUGGCUCCUUAGAGAUGUAUGUGUGCUCUGCUACCUCUUGUACUUCUCUCUAAAAUUCAGUUGUUGGGAGCAGGCCAUAAAAAUGUCUGGUAUACUAUUUGUCGAAGUUUUGUGCCCUUUAAAGUGGUGGGGUCAACGAGAGUGGCAAUCUAGAGUAUGAUUUCUGUCCUUAGGUAUACAUAUUGGGGUAUUAUUCCCCAGAAAACUCACAAGAAACAAACUAUCUGCCAGCAGUAUAUGGUUUCUUGCUAAAAAGUUGUUAUAGACAUCAUUUGACAUUAAAAGAAUUUAUAUUCCUUUUUUUAGAACUAUGAGACUAUCACUCAAAUAAAAUAUGAGAGCUUGACUUAAUUAGAUUACACAUUGGACCUCCAGGAUUGGGAAGCAUAAAGUUAAAUUAUUAUUCACAUGCUAGACUAGUUUUUGGGAAGAGUAAAGAAAGUAAAAGCUAAGAGAUGUUUGUAUUCUUCUAAAGCAUAAUUUAAAAAAAACUACUUACUGAUAUUACAACUUACGUCAUUCUUCAAUACUAUAGAUAACUUUGGGAUCGAAGCUUGGUUUUUAAAUGGUUGCCAGCAGAAAAUGGCAGUUGAUCAUAGUUGAGCAUUUUGCCUGUUUAUUUCUUUUCAAAGGCAAUUGUCAUUGCAAACCAUUUCGACAAAGGUUAUGGAAAAUUAUAAAAGGAAAGUUUAAAAAUGAAAAUAACAGUUAAAAAACACACUGGAGGUUGAUGGACCUGUCAGAUUGACAAGAAGAUUUUAGUUGUUGCCUCAGUUCUGUUCUUACUUGCUUUUGUACUCUAGAAAAUGUUAUUUUUUAUUUUUACACUUUUAGAAUUUAGAUGCGAAAUAGCACUUUGAAAAGCUAUUUCUAUAAGUGUUAGUAUCCCAACCAAAAAAUAAGUCUGCAUGAAUCAGUACUUAAAAUUGAGCAAGAUCUCACUAAUUCAACAAACAUUGAACACCUACCAUGUAUAAGACUGAGGGAGUUCAUGUACCUUAUAGUUUUUUGAGAUGAGAAUUAUCUGCAAAUCACUGUUAAUAUAGGAUAGAAGCUGAAAGUGUACAGUAAGAAGCAUAAGGGGAUACUGAGACUUCAGAAGAAAGAUUUGAUCUCAGGUCUGUAAUCUAUUUGGAAAUAAGGAAAAGAAACUAGAAAUUAUAUUUGCAGGAAAGAUGAUUGAUUGCUACAUUUUUUUUUAAAGAGAGUUGAUGAAAAUCAAGAGUUUGGGCUAAAAUGUGUUAAGGUGAAAUUGUUAAAAAUUUAUGUCAACUCUUGGUAUAUUUAGAGUUUCAUUGACUGCCAGAUUGGCAAGAAAAAUGAUUGGUUUGUUCUGUUCUCUACUGUUCUAGUUGUUUUUGAUUCAGCAGACAUUUUAAGUUUCCUUUUCUGUACAAGACAAUGUAAUAGGUAACGAGAUAGAAAAAAUAAGUCUCUUCUAGCUGGAAGUUUAUAGCUUGGAAUUAGAAAGAUUGGGUAUUGUUAGAUUUUCCUAUUACCUGAAUUAUAUUUUGUCAUUUAUUGCUAAUGAGAGGUACUAUAGAGGAGAGAUUACAGGGUUGAUUUUGGAGAUUGGAAGAUCUGCAUUCAAGUUCUUCCUCAAACAUAUUAUUAGCUGUGGGCAAUUCACAUAAUUUUGCAUCAUGUGCACAGGCAAGUCUUGUGCCACAGAUAAGUGAGAAGAGAUUUCAUUUGGAUUCCUCAUAUUGAUGAAAGAAGUCCAGAGCAAAAAAAAAAUGUUGAUACAGAAAUAGAACUGAAAAAUUUUAAACAAGAAUUAUAUCAUCUCUUUUGUUUGGAGGUAGUUUGGAAUCCAUGUAUAAUGGACAUAGGGCCAAGCAUAGAGGUAACCCUGAAUUCAUGUCCUGCCUCUGACCAUAGUAGCUAUUUUCUUGGGGGCAAAAUAUCUCUUAGAGCCUCAGGCAACUUUAGAAAACUAUGUUUCUUAUUUGCAUCAGUGAAUGAAAGUUUCUAUAUCAAGGAAUUCCUUAAACCUAUUUGAAAUCCUAAGUUCAGACCAAAAUUUUUUUACUGUCUAAACAAUCCCAUAAUGGAAUGUUUCCUAUAAAUAAUCCUUCAAGUGAUUCUUUUUAGAGAAGUGUUUGUCUUACUGUCUGUCCGUGGCACAUUUUUAGGGGUCCACAAAAUUUAUUGCCAGAAGUCCUUACCAUGUACUUUGCCUUGCUUCAAAAUAUCUAAAAUUUUGUCAUUUUUUGAUGUGUAUUCCCUGUAUCAAUGCAAAUCACAUUUCCUUAAUGCCUUAAGAAGAGGAGAAAUAGUGGAUGUUUUAAAACAACCUGGUUUCUGACUCCUGUUGCUUCUCCUCUCUACAUUUUCCCUUGUUCUUCCUAAUCUUCAACCCUCUUUCUUUAGGUCUCACUUCUCUUCUUACUUCUGCCACCCAGCUCUGAAGUAAAAUAAUUUAAAAUAUUUUAUGUAGUGGAAGUAUACUUUGGUUAGGAAAAUCUGUUGUAGGACAUUUUUUAGAGAUUAUGUGUAGAAUAUUAUUUCAUAUCAUAUGGGCUCUCAUUUAACAGGGCUAUUGGUGCCUUAUAAUAAGUAUGGCUUAUUUCAUUAUUUUAGUCAGCUGAACAUAAUUAAUUAUUACACAUAAGAGCCAAAAGAAAAUAAAGUUUGAUGUGCAUUCACUUAUAUUCUCAAACUGGUUACAACUUGUAAUAGUUAUUAACAUGUGAUGUAGUUUGACACAAAGUGUGAAUGAGGAAAGCUGGCUUACAAACUUGUACAGAUGAAUAGGAGUUCCCAGACACGUUUCACUCUGUGGCUAGGAAAGAUGUUGGAUAAUCUGAUGGUAUUAUACUGAAUUAUUAUUCAGCUGAUAUUAUACUGAAAACAGUCUUCAAAAAUAUAGAUGGGUUUGGUACCUGAAGAGAUCAGCUGUUCAGGUGAUGACAUAUAUAUAGGUGAUGACAUAUAUAUAUAUAUAUAUGACUCUAUAUAUAUAUAUAUGACUCUACCUCUGUUCCUUUGAAACUUUGUCCCUUUACGGUGAGCCAAUACUAGGCAUAAAAAUAGAGGAGAGGGGGGAAAAAAAAGCCAUUUGAAAUUUGUAUUUCCCAAAUGCCCAAGAUGGAUUCAGACCCAAAGUGUCUUCAUAUAAGGAAAUGAUAUGGGUUCUCAUAGAAAUCUCAGAGACAAAUAAUGGGACUGCUAAGUACCUUCUGAUUAUAAGAAUGAAAUGUACUCUGUUUUUAUAAAUUAUGAGGGAAUUUCUUUUCUACAUGUAAUAAUUAGGUGCCUACAUUUUCUUAAGAUAGUAAAUUCUCUUCUGAAAUUCCUUAGGGCAUUCCCUAGUAGUCAACAUAUAUUGACUUUCUGUGUGCCUACCACUGUGAUAUAUACUGUGUAGAAUGUAUAAGUAGGAAGCACAAUCUCCUUCUUGAAGAAACUUUACAUUUUAAUUGAGAAAUGAGGUACAUAUGCAUGAAACAUGGCAGAAUAUACUAGGGAGUUGAUAAGUAAUAAAAUGCAUAAUGUAGACUAAAUUGCCAUUGGAAUUCCUUUGACAUUUCUCCUGCAGAAGCAUUUACUCAUUUGAAUUUAUUUUUAUCCAACUCUUGAUAGGGAAAAUUUUAAUCUGUGAAAAAACAGUCUGCUUAAUACAGUUCACUGAGAAGCAACAUGGUAUAGUGGUUAUAGAGCUGGCCUUUGUGAAUUCAGAAGGCCUAGGCUCAAAUCCCCCUUCUGAGCUAGUCACUUUAUCUUUCAGUAGUGUAGGAGAAUGUAUAAGAUGAAACUGCAGAAUAGUUAUCAGUCUGCACUGGUACUACUAUUGGAAGCUACUCAUCAGGACCUCCCUAUACAAGGAAAUCUCUGAUUAGUUUUAAAAAAAAAAAAAAAAACAGUCCUUCUCUGGUCUGAUCUAAUUUGUAUCCUCCCUUAGAAGGGGCCAGCCUAGGAAAACUUCAUCACAAUGGGUGAUUUUUCCAGUCACAUCAAUUUAGGGAAUUCCUACCCUAAUGAAUUCACAUGGUUAGUGGUCAAUGGCUUUCCUCACCUAUAAAAUGAGGAUAACACCUAUUUCAGAAUUGUUUUGAAUAUCAAAUGGGAUAAAGUAUUAAGUACUUUGCAACUUUAAAGCACUGUGCAAGUGUUAGCCAGUUAUUACUAUAAUCUACCACUGGGGACCCCCAACCAUAGAGAGUUGGCUAGUCUGUUGUUUAGGAGGAGAUCACAGGAGCCUCAGAAAUGAUUUGGAUAGCUUCAAGCUGAUGAAUCUUGGUUUAUGAAGUCCAAAUGGAUUGCUCAGGAAUGUUGGAUAGAGUGAUAGUUUUUUUAAUCUUGGGAAAAUUUAAUCAUCUAAGUGGCAAGUCACCUCUCCCCAAAUAAAAUUACAUUGCAGAAAAAACAGAUAUAAAAGAGGUGGAUUCUAGUCUGGUGUGUAAACUUGGGUAAGACGUUCAACCUUUUAAGUUUUAUAUCUAAAGUGAGGUAAAGGAUCUAGGUGAUAAUUACCAGAAAAUAUUAAAUACUUGCUAUGGUAUGCUUAGACCAUCAUAUAAAAUGCUAAGGAACAAAAGGGGUUAGAGUCCUAGGUAUUUAGUUAAAAUGUUUCUAUAUGUAUAGGACAUAUAUGCAGUGAUCUCUAAGGAGCCUUCUACCUGUAAAAAUUCUAUAAUCCUGAACAGUACAUUCUGUACUCUUCAUCCCUAGUCAUUCGAUCAGUAAGUAUUCUGGGCACUAUGCUAACUGCCAGAGAGAGGGAAAGAAGCAAAAUAUAAUAUAUACAGGAUAAAUAACACAGGGAAGUCACUAGAAUUACAAGAGAUUGGGGAAAGCUUCAAAUUCCCAUUAUCAAUUUGUGAAGUACCAGAUCUUCCUCAUGUCUUCUCUAUGUGAAAUUUUCAGCUCACACAAGAAAAGGGAGAUCUUAGGAAGACAUCUAGUCUAAUGCCUUAUUUUACAGAUGUGGAAAUAGACUCAAUAUAACUUGGCCCAGAUCACAUUUGAACACAUUCUCUGACACUAAAACCAAGGUUCUUGACUCUGUAGCCUUAGGCUAGCUACACCUUAAACAUUAAAAAAAAAAAACAAACCUGGCUUUUAUUGCUUGAUAACUGACUCUAAAAUUUUCUGUCUGAUAUGCCAGCCCUCUGAAAGCUGAUUCAGUGUUAUUUAGUACCUGCUCCCCUAUGUAGCCAUCAUUGUCAGUAUGACAUUGCUAGUUUGAUUAUAAGUCUUAUGAGUCAUUCUGUUACUUUCCUUCCAUUCAUUUGAUCUUAUCCAAAAUUGCCACUACCAGAGUGACUUUAACAUUUGUUAUCUUAUUUGAUUCAUAAAAUAGGUGAAAGGGACUUCAAAUCUUCCCUGUCCCUAGAAAGGAAUAUAACCAACUGAAAAGAAAUACUAGUGUUGACCCCAAAAUUUAAAAAUCUCUAGGGAAUGUUUUUUCUUCUGCAUCACUGUAUGUUUCUUUUUGGUCUGUUAUGUGAGUUCUCAUUGAAUUUCUUAUCAUCUGAUUGUUUUUCUCAAAACAUCAAUUCCUAAUGUACUGUUAGUAUAUUAACAAAUUUCUCCUUUUUCUUCUGCUCCAAAUUUUUUGGUUUCUUAUAGCAUUCCUACUCCUCCUCACCCUUUUUUAAGAUCUUCCUGGUCUGCUCUACUAUUUAUGAUUCUUAAACCAAUUGAUUGGCCUGGAAGGAACCUUAGCUUCAAGUGUGCGCUGCCUCCAUAAAUGAAUAUACAUGUAUCUGUGUAACUGUAUUUAUAUAGAGAUACAACAUAUAAAGUAGCUCAUCUUUAUGUAGCACUUUAAAUUAUACAAAAUGUUUUCCUCAUGAUCCCAGUGACUAAAUAUGAACCUGUAUAACAGAGGACAGUCAUAUGCUAAUUGUAUAUGUGUACACAUAGAUUCACUGCAUAUGAAAAAUAAACAAAGCUAUGGAUGAAAUACCUGGGGGAAAGAGCCUGUUCCCCUUGAGUUUAAUAAAAGUUUACAAUAAAAUAUUUCUCCUUAUCCUUCCCCCCAAUAUGGGCAUUUAAAAAAUUUUUGGUAUUGGACCUUUAAUACUAAAUCUUACGUAGGUUGUUUUUUUUAAGUUUUGUUUUUUUUUUUAAUUGUCAUUUCCCUAUAACUUGUCCUCUCCUGUCCUAAUAGAACUCUCUUUGAAAUAAAAGUGAUUAAGCAAAACAAAUCAACAUAUAGGCCAUGUCUGACAGUGUGUGCUUCGUUUUACACCUAUAGCACACUACCUGGUGCUGUGGCACCACAGUAAUUUUCUGGAUUUGGAUGGAAAUCCUACAAGAUUGUGCUGCAAUAGUGUCAGAUGCAAUUUCUCUGUUCACUGGUUUAUUGAGCUUGGUUAAGUCAAACUUUUAUAGCUCCUCAGGAUCUCAAACACUCCUGCAUCCUUUUCUAUGCAAACUACUGUGGCAUUUUUUUUCUUUUGCAUUUCUUUUGGAAGCUGCCAGCAUGUAAUUUCUUUCCCCAUUUCAUUCAAAUGUGGAGGAUUGAAGAGUCUCCUUUUUAUAGAAAUUAAUCCUUCAGAAUAAUUGGGAUGCAGUAUGAGAUUUGAUAUUUAUUCCUGAGAAUGAAUAAGAUGGGAAGUCAGCAGUUUGGUUUCCUUGAAGGAGUAGAUAAAAAAAGGGCCAAAAGUUGCUUAUCCUGGAAACUUGGGAGAGUAAUAUGUUACUAUCCCAAAUGAUAAGAUUGAUAGUCAUAUGGUGAUUUCUACCUUAAGAACUUGAUGCUUUCCAAUUAAUUGAUUUGGGAUCAUUGGGUUUUAUUGGUAUGUAUAACUGUUCUAGGCCUGGAAACAUACUCAGUAUGUUAAAGUAUGUUUCCACUAGCAGACACAUCCCUGUCUUUACUGCUUUACUGUUGAGGUUCUAGGGAUUAAUAUUGGGAAUCCUCGGGAUUUUAGGAGAUCAUCUUGUCUACCUCUGCUGCUGGGCAGGACAAAAUCUAAGCCAUUCUUGAAAGAUAUUGCCUGUUUGCUGGAAAGAGUCUGGAAUACACUGCAUGUAAAUAAUCUGAUACUGUCCCACUUUUCUCUAGUUAUUAAUGCCAAGUAAUUUGUUGUACAAUAAAUAUUUGUUGGCUAACUGAACAAA